AUGGCCAACGAGCUGCAACCAUUGAUGCUGUGCACAGAGAACUCUGCAGGUGAAGAGGUUACAUUUAGGAUUGAACCUGAAGACGACUUCCAAUCCUUUCUGGAUAAAGCCAAAGCUGUCCUCGGCUACGACAUAGAUAUAAACUCCAUAACACAGAAUCAACCCGUUUCGCUGCACGAUAGUAUAUAUCAAUUCCUUGCGAAUGUGGAAUGUAAUCCGACACGUCCGACAUACGAUCAGGGCUUGAAUAGUGCCGGCCUAGAGUAUGUUCUCGAUGAUGGUACAGAAAUCAGAGCGUCACAGAUACAUUUCGACAAUGAGGAUUCUGUGUUAGAUUUAUCAGUUGAAGCUCUUCCGUUUGUUCGCUUUAAAGAUGACGACGAAGACCGCAAUGAUGCUGUUUUCGGGGAUACCGUUAAAUAUAAUAUUGUUGGGAGUCCAACAUUAAGGCUGGAUCAGGGCGCCAACCUCAAAGACUUCGCCAAUUCGUUACCGUUCAGAUUGGUUCGUGAUAGCACUUUGAAUUUGGAAUCUCAUUACCAGAUGUAUUCUGAUGUGACCGCUAUUCGCAACUUUUCUGGAGCAAUCACCAGUGAUAGUUAUAUGAAUACCGAUAAUAGCUUUAAAAGAAACGACAGUUAUCGGCAAAAGUCCGAUAGUUUCGCUUACCGUGAUGAGAUACUCGAUAUAUUUAAGAAUUCACCAGUAACUUCGUUGCCCUGCGAAGGUUACAACGAAAGGAAACACGUGAGGAAAACGGAUCCAUCUCGGAUCCACAAAAGAAAAUCUGUAUACGAAUUCGACGGGGUUUUAAUCAAUGAGAAUGCCAGAGAAAUGUGCACAAUAUGCGCUCGUAAAGUAAACAAGGACAAAGCUUAUUUAUUUGAUAACGAGGACCAGAAAAAGCACAGGUUUUCGCCGUGCAAGAAAUCGGAGACCCAACUAAAAAUAAUCUGUGAGCUUUGCCUGAACGAAUAUUUUAAAACGUGUAGGAUGAAAGGCGCCAAUCAAUUCUUGAAUGCCGACGAAUAUUUGAUCAUCAAAAACAAUCAACAGUACAUUUAUAAGAAGAUUAAAGAGUUUCGUUUUCUGAUCAACAAAAAAGAAUGCAAAAAACAGAAUAGUAAUACAGCUAUUGAUGAGUACGUUAAAGUGGAAAUCGGUUCUGAUGGCGAGAUAAUAACGAAACCUCUAGAGGGGGGACCUGAUGAGGUGGCGAUGAUGAAAGGCGGUGAUGCCAGUGAGUCCUCGAGCGAAGUAGAGAUUAUUGAACAGAAUGAACCCGAAACUGAAAUAGAUUCGAUUAUAGAGAACCUGGAGAAUGCCGAUGAUGAUGUUAAGGCGUUUUUGGGGAAAUACCAGAUUGACGAUGGGAUAUCGGAGCUUAAGUGCAGGUUUUGCGACACCGCCUUUCCCGGUAUACCCGGCGUGAUUGAGCACGGAGAUGCUCAUAAGCACGAGAUGGACAGUGAAAUGGUUUACCCGUGUCCACUCUGCGAUUACGGUUAUACUCAUUUCAAAUGGCUGAAAGGGCACAUAAUGGCGGCACACCAACGAAGACCAGAAACUGGCGUCAAAAUUGAGAAUACCAACGAUUUAAACGGAUCAGAGAAAACGGAAAAUAAAUCGCCAGAAAAAAGCGUUUGCGAAACCACAAACACUCCGCACCAAGCCUUGCAGCUGAAGACGGAAGUGAAACAGGAGUGUCUGAACAGCAGCGACGAUGAGAUCUGGAUCGUGCAGACCAACGACGCCGAAGCCACCAGCCCGGUCAGAAAGCUGAUAGACGCUGUGCAGGUCGUCGAAAAUCGAGAUGGCGCCACGAAAAGGAAGCCAAAAUGCUACAAUUGCAGCCAACUGUUUCCUACCAUAGCAGCGCUGGCCUCGCACUCGUGUCGCCGACGCAUGCGCAAAAGGAAGACGAACAGCGACCAGAUGUCGGCUCAUAAGCAGAUGCCAGCGAAGUUUCGUAAGAAGAAAUCCAAAGAAGCCGACUCGAGUCAGAUAUUGACUUGUCACAACUGUAACGAGACGUUUACGUCGAAAGUUCGCCUUAAGUUUCACAUGCAGUUCCACGAAGCAACGUCUCUAAUGCAAGACGGUAGGUACAAGUGUGGCGACUGCGCCGAUGUUUCAUUCGCCAACGAGACGGAACUGUUCGAUCACGUUCACUUCCAGCACGACAAGCAGAAGAGAUGGGAGUGCCCAGUCUCUGACUGCGGAAAGACUUUCCAUUUGAGGGCGACGCUCACAAAGCAUAGCCGAACACACACGGACACGCGACGUUACGUGUGCGGCACGUGCGGAAAGAAGUUUCUAGAUAAACAGACCCUGGACGAGCACGGAGUGACGCAUCUGCAGAUAAAGCCGUUCCAAUGUCACAUAUGCUUGAAGCAUCUGACUAGGAGGUCCCGUCUCCGGAUGCACAUCAGGGCCCACGAAGCAGAGCUUCGCCCGAGGACCUUGCUGGUCUGCAGGAUCUGUUUCAGAGCAUUUAGGGACAACGAACAGACGGAGGAGCAUUUGAGUUUGUAUCCGGAUUGCUUUGAAUCACACGUUAGAGAGACGAAUGAGGCUCAGAUCCCAGUGUUGUCGCCAAUCAGUGAGAUUGUCAGCGAUGACCCAAAGGGAACAGGCCAAUCCGCGUUCUCCCGUCCGAUACCUAGACAGGUCGACGAUGACGUAUCGGAGCCGUUACUGUCUGGUUUGACGGAAAAGUCUCGGUGCGUGAUCCGCGUCGUCGAAGUUGAGAAGGCAUUCAAAUGUGAAUUUUGCGAGGAUGUAUUUUAUCUGGAAGAGGGCUUGAACACACACAGAGCUAUCCACAAGGGUGUUAAAAAUCCAUUCGUGUGUCACAUUUGCAAAGUGAGUUUCGCGACGUAUUCAAGAUGCACCACCCACAAAACAACGCACGGUUUCUACAAGCGCUCUUUGACUGAAGCGAAGAAGCAGGGUGCGGGGGUUGAGGCGACAGCCAACGGAGUCUUAGGCUACGGAGACUUUCCGGUUGUGAAACAUUUUCUUUGCGAAGAUUGCGGUCGGUCCUACCUACAUUGGACUUACUUACAAGUCCACAGACGCAUGAAGCACGUCAACGAUGGCUCCCACACUUGCAACCAGUGCGGUCUGACCUUUCCUAACAGCUGGAGCGUCAUAUACCAUCGGAAGAAGGUUCACGACAAGAUUGAAACUGGAAUAGAGAAACAGGGACACAAGCAGAUUUAUCGGAUUCAAUGCCGGGAUUGCGACGUGAUCUUGUCAAACAAAACCGCACUUUACAAGCAUAGGAAGAAAGAACAUUGUUCUUUAAGUGACGAUGGAGACGGCGAAGAUGACCUCACUAGGCAGCUUGAACACACUGUCAACAGGGCCCAGUCGCAGCAAGAUUUAAGGAUUUGGUCGUGCACCGCGUGCCCCAAGCGUUAUAAAGUUAAAUCUGAACUGAAAGCUCAUUUGAGGACGAAACAUCCGUCCUACAUAGCCGUUAUCGAGGUGGCCGGUCUACAGCAUAGUCCAGAGGAGGUGUUGAAGCUCGUCGCAUCAAACGAUAUACCGACGAAUAGGAUAGUUGAGAUUACUAAGCUAUCGUUUCCGAAGGGCGUGACUACUAUAGUACCAAAUACGUUACGGUCUUUGGCCUUAUUGAACAGUGUACCUAAGGAAACGGUCACCAUUUCACCGUCGGAUAGCAAUAACGAUGAAGAAUUAAAAAAUGUAUUUAUCAAUAACAAAGCUCCGUCUAUUUUGAGGAACGUACGCAGACCGACGAUCUUACAGCGCACUGACGUAUUGUGUAACUCGCAAGAAUAUACGAACUUAAAUAAUGAGGGAACAACGGAUAUCAUUGACGAUAAGCUACAAGAUAAUGCUUCGAAUGCUUAG